AUGGAGGUGAACGCACGGCUACAGGUAGAACACACCGUGUCUGAGGAGAUCACGGGGUAAGUAACCACCUGGCUCUGUUAGAAACCCCCCUCCCUCCAACCAACCGGAGCUACUGAUCCCACUUCUCACUCCAAACCCCGUUUCGCCCCCACCCCCCAUUUGUCCUUCAGCGUUGAUCUAGUUCGCACACAGAUCCGUGUCGCCGAGGGUGCCUCACUGAAGGACCUGGGUCUGCAACAGGAGAACGUCCAAUCGAACGGCUUCGCCAUUCAGUGUCGAGUGACCACUGAGGACCCCACAAAGAAUUUCCAGCCAGAUUUAGGCAAAAUUGAGGUCAGUGCUUACUGCCGGCAUACUCCGGAAAUUGUCAUUUUAAACCGCUUGUUUUCUUAGGCCCAAAACACGUGACUUGAGUUGCGUGACUUUUGCAGGCGACAUUUGACCUCUACUGACCCUUGCACACUCCGCUUAUCCGGCUUGAUCUUGCACGUGCCGAUUGCUGAGGGCGGAGGCUGAGUGUUCGCGUCAUGCUCACAAUACGCUAGCAGCCAGCCAGAGUUGUUCGCACUGGCGCCAGUGACCUAGGGUUUCGUGACGGUUGUAAUACUUUACAGGAUCUACUUUUGAACCAGUUAACUUAGUCAGGGGGUGUUGGACGUAAUUUUUCUGCCACUGACCAUCCUCCGCCGUUGGUGUCAUGCGUAGACCGCAUUGGUUUGAAAAUCUCCUGCGAAACAGAAAUCAGAGGUGACAUCAUGUCCACGAAUACAUGGAUUCCUAAAGUCCUCAGCACUCACUCCGAUUGGUUCGCCCGAAUGAUAGCUAAUGAGUGUCCUCCAAGAAAUUUCCACUGUGAUUCUGUCCCUAAUAGUAUUUGGAUGGAAAAGAGACACCUCGAUAUGUUUUUCUCCCGGAAUGUAGCGUUCAACUACAACUCAGCAGCUGUCCAUGUUGUGUCAUCUGAAAAUUGCAAAUGGCGGGCAAAAUACGGCUUUUAUGAAAGAGGCAUGGAGGCGCAUAAAGCCAUCAUCCAUGCAGUGAGAAGGUCAAGAAAGAUAGUCUUGCUGUGAUCGAGCAAUUUAUCCUUACGCAUAAGGAUUCUUUAAUGUGUGAUAUUGAUCCCGUUUCACAUGGAUGAGUGCAGGUUCUAUAAAGUCGAGACCGAGAAAAUUGGCAAGAAUAAAGACCGACGUGAGGCCGCAUGCAGAAAGAUCGGUAGCAUAUCAUAAAGAUCGUGAUUUAAUAAAAAGACCGGUUUAGUUUGAUCGAAGAGUGGGAGUCAGGUCCUGUGAAAUGGCAGCGUCCGCAUUCUGCCGUCCUGCGUUUCAGCCCUUCAGUUUCUCGGGCCGAUUAUUGGUCAGUUCUGGUUUUAUCGCAUACGAUUGCUCUGCACCCCGGUGUCAGGCCUGGAGUAUCGCAUGCAAAACAUACAGUAGGUGGGCUAACACAUGAAAUGUCAACCGAAACGCCGAAAUGUGUUUUCGUUUCGAAAAGAUUAAUUAAGUGGGGUUGUAAAACUAAUCAUGAAGCAUAAUUCUAUAAUAAUCCGGUUACGUCAGGAUUCCGGCUUUCGAACGAACUUCUUCUCGACCGCAUGCAAAAACCACACUCCGUAAAAAUGACUAUUUAAAUAACAUGCAAUUUUCUCAUUGAUUUUCGAUACUUUUAAAAAUUCAGUUAUAUUCCAUGGAAAAAAUGCAUAAAAUAUUCAUUCGUUUGCAUAUUUAGUAGGAAAUUACGUCUUCUUCCAAUUUUAUGCUCGAAGGAAGGGUAGAAUUCUGUUUUUAAAAAGUUUGUAAUUGUGAGAUUUUUAAUACCGUGAAAUACCGAGCAUCGCAUGCAAGACAUCCCUGUCCUGUUUAACUGCGCUUUUGCCUAUGCCCGUCUGACCAAGGAUUAUGCUAUUUUAAACUGCCUACCGGAUUUAUCUACGUAGGUGUUGUUUGGUAGGGCUUUGGUCGAAAUGCAGUCGCGCUCUUCGACGACUCUAAACCCGACAGGACGACAUUCUUUGAACUAAACCAUCCCGACUAUUCGGUGCUGCAAAAGUGUCGAUAUGGUCUCAUUUUUCUGCGCCUCCAAGUAAUUUAGUAAGAUGUGGUUAUGCAGCCGUAGCUGAGGGGAUGCAAGCGGCGUCUUCCUAUGCAUAUUUCCACCGCCGACAUUGCUGUCAUGUCAGGGUUCUCAACGGAGAAUACUACGACACGAGCUACUUCUUUACGUACGUAAUAUGGGAUAGAAGGUUCCCUAAUGCCUCCUUCGGGUCCGCGAUGUUCAGCCUAAAUCAAAGGCGGUACUUUACCUUGUCCCCGUGGGCCACUAUCGCUCUGCCGCACUGGGGGCCCACUCCGAGUAGGCUCCUUUUAUGACGGCUCCAGUGCGUUUCCAUGAGGCCAAACCCGUAUAACCCCUGUUACCACAAUUCCCAUAGGAAAGGCUCCACCAGUUACAUUUUUCUGACCCCGGGCAUAUACUUUAUCCUUGCCGGCCAUAAAGACUGCGAUUACCAGUUUGCUUCUUCAGCAUUUGUGUGGUAAAUGUACUCUGAGCACGACAAUAGUCACGGCCGAGUUCCAUCUUGGAGGAGAAGGAAGAGGACACCGGUAGAAAUCGCGCAUUCUGCACAGAAACCCCGUGGUGGUCAGGACUCUUCACGCGCGCGGCCUGUUCUGUGCCGGCGCGCACGUCUGCCUGUCAGGGAAAUGUAGGUGUGAACGAUAUACGUUUCUAUGUAUACUACUCCCUGCAUUUAAGUAAGAUUGCUUUAUAAGUUUUAGUUAAGUGCCUUCAUCGAACGUCUGCGUGGGAGCGCGCGCUCGUCAGUCUGCUAGGGUAAUGUGGGUGUGGAUGCAUAAACGUCGCGCGUGAGUCGGACGGUGUCAGCUUUAUCAGUUGAUUUGGCGUCUGUGACUGGCCGUCCCAAAAACCGCAUGAACGCUUGUGCUGGCCUCGCGGGAACAGCGAUCACAUGAUUCCUAGUGCGGUGUGACUGCCAGAGGCCAAAGGCGUAUACGCGUUUGGGGCGCUACACCUCAUUGGUUUAUCGACUGCUUUGUCUUAUUUGACCUCGCGGACAUCAAACGCGAACUUUGUGACGAGACAGUCACGAUCAUGUGGACCAGCUGCCAGGUGUUUUUUGCCUUUUUCUGUAGGUGCCAUCUCUGUAAAUUGUAAAAAAAAUGUUCUACUUCAAUUUUGUAAGUAGGUGCUAAUGUCAUAUUAAAUUACCGCCCAUUAAGGUCUAUCGCGGUGCCGAAGGUAUGGGCGUCCGUGUUGAUUCGGCGUUUGCAGGCGCUGGUGGUGUGAUAUUGCCCUUCUAUGACUCUCUGAUCGUAAAGCUAAUCACACAUGCAGACACCUUCGCUAACAGCGCCCUCAAGAUGCAGCGGGCCCUCAAAGAAUUCAGAAUCCGCGGUGUUCGGGUGAGUCACCAGCUUGUCCUUUGUUAUCAAUAUUUAUGCGUCAUUUUCCGCUAUCGCGCACUAGUCCCAACAGAAAGCCCCGAAAUACCGAUUAGCUUUUAACCCUUAAUACCCUUUGUUCGACUGGUAUGUUAGCGUAAGACUCAAAACUUGCCACGACGAACUGGUGUUAAGCCCGGAAAUUCGGACUUACUGGCCGGGUGGUUAACCGGUUGGGCGAUGCACCAUAUUUAGCCCCUAUAGAAGGUCACAAUACCAUUAUCGUACACGGCUUUGCCUUACAGUAUGAGUAGUUCGGUCUUCCUGCGGGAAAUAUAGGCGAGUGCUGGAGAGUGUGGAUGCCCAAUCGAUAGGAUGAAGAUCCUUUUUCACCUGUGCGAAAUCUUCGCGCCAGAUAUUGGGCGGGGAAUCUUGCGGUUGUGUAGGCAGGAAAAAUAAGGUUUAUUCCCACAGGAGAACUACAUGGUCACUCUGAUCUAAUGGUGGGGGGGGGCAAUUCACAACUUCGAUGUCAUCAGACGACUUAGUGAGACAGUUUGUUUGCUGGCCCUCACGAACUCUCGUCGAAAGCAUUAUGUGUUAGGUGAGAAGCAGAUUGCUGGCAGUAAGCAGUAGCUUCUGGUCAAAUGCCGUUUCAGAGCAGUCGGUGGAGACCGAGCUCCAGUCGAUGUGAGGUGCAUUAAAGUCCCCAACGAUGAGAGUAUUUGGUCGCUUAGAAAAUAAUCUAAGCUCGUUUAGCAGUUGGACGUCACCCUUGGGAUCAUUUCUCGGGGAUGAUAUACUGUCAAGAUGUUGAGGCUUUGAAAGCCUGGUGCUCUUAUGAAUAGCCAUAAUGCUUCCGUAUUAACAGUCAGUUUAGCAGUUUUUUCCGAAACGAACAAGCCGUUCAAAAGAUUCACUUCGAAGACUUGCCGAUCUCUGGCAAUGAGAAUUUUGAUCCGGUUUCUCUACACAACUCGGGUCUUUCAAACAGAAACAGGAUUUUCUUAUGCACUUUGGAUCAUUGAUGUAGGCGACAGUGUACGCCUCUCUCUCCCUCUCAUCUAUGACAGGAGUUCUACAGUUUCCUGGGCGAUAACUGAGGCGUAUGAUACACCAACUGCUCCUUGCGCACAGAGUCACCCGGGAGGAUCCAACGAAAAGAAAUCAUGCGUGGGCGUCACUUGAAACCAUUGCUACCUUGCUCCCUAUAGCACUGUUUGACUACCUGCGUCAUCUGACCCCGUCUGUUUUACAAAUAAUUACUGAUUGAUUUACCAUACUUCUAAUGGAAGCACUAACUGGAGCCAAGAUCCGGCCUCGGUGAGGGCAACCUCGGUCACCGCCUAGCCAUUCUCUCACAAUCUCCUUCAAAACAGACCUCUUUGCUGACUUGCGAAAUGUCUUAUGAAUCUGGUCCGACGAGAGGAGAGUGUGAGCACAGUCGUCCUGAUGAAAUCUGUAGGUAUCGUGGAGGCGUUCUACCACCGUGGCUCUGUAAGAUCUUUGGAUGCUAACUGGGAAAGGGGAUCACUACCCGGUGUCAGAGCCGCAAUUACGCUUUUUGUGGAAAAAACGAAGGAGACCUAUUUAACUGUCACUACAACCGUCUCCGACGAAACGAAGUCGCCGACACUGCUUCUGAGAUCUAUCCCUGAUCACCUGAAGGCAUUCCACAUGGCCUACUGCGGGUUAGGUGACAGCUCAGAGAACCUCAAGUGCAUACCUGCAAAAUGAGCAAAGAGGAUAAUCACCGGUCGAGCUUACGUUGUUCACAGAAUGCUUCUUGCUUGUUAUGCGAUGUUUCAGUAGCAGUAAAAAAUUUGUAUUCUGAUAAAAAUCAAAGAAGAACCCCCAAAGCAUGGUCUUAAAACCGAGGCGCUCUGUUAGACAAGACGGUUCUCGGGCUCUCGGUGUGCGUCGUUGUCAAGGCCAAGGAUCGCGGUUACCGGACGCACUGUUGCAACCAGAUCAUUCGUAGAGCAAGAUCAAGCAAGACAUGAUUACGACAUAUUAAAUAAACUAAGAUCGUAACCGUAUAUAAGGGCUCCAGACCUGAGACGUCUUUAUAGGUACCGACGCCUUCUGUUUCCCGGCUUAUUUUUUUCACCUGCAACAAACCGUUCGUAUCUUUGUAGACAAACAUCCCAUUCCUGGAAAAUGUUCUCAAAAAAGAGGAAUUCCUUACCGGCGCUGUGGACACCUCAUUUAUCUCUAAACAUCCCGAGGUCCUGCGGAUAACGCCGCCCAAGAAUCGGGCUCAAAAACUCCUCAAAUACCUCGGUAUGUGCUACUCCAAGCGAACCUUGUUUUAAAAACUAAACACGCCUACUUUAUUGAAUUAAGUAAACAUAUCUUUUUGAUUUAGGUGAGGUGAUGGUCAACGGUCCCUCCACUCCAUUGGGCACCCCACUAAAACCUGCCGAGGUCACUCCAACUGUUCCUCCAAUCGAAAACAACAAGCCAGCUCCCCGAGGAUUCAAGGAGAUUCUCAGAGAAAAGGGUCCCGAGGGUUUCGCAAAAGCCGUCCGCGAACAUAAGGGCCUUUUGCUAAUGGACACCACAAUGCGGGAUGCGCAUCAAUCCUUACUGGCCACAAGAGUUCGGACGCACGACCUCCUUCGCAUUGCUCCGUUCGUUUCCCAAAAGCUGCCACAAUUUUUCAGCCUGGAAAACUGGGGCGGUAGGUUGGCGUGUAUCCGCCUGCAAAUAAAUUGCAGCCACCGGUUUAUGUCUAAGACGUUCAAAAUCUGCACUUUUUUACCCCAUUCCGACAGGCGCCACAUUUGAUUCUAGCAUGCGCUUCCUACACGAGUGUCCGUGGGAACGGCUCGAAAAACUGCGCGAACUGAUUCCGAAUAUUCCCUUCCAAAUGCUUUUGCGUGGCGCCAAUGCAGUUGGCUACACAAACUACCCGGACAAUAUCGUAUACAGGUACGUUCAGUUUGCUCCGGAACAAUCUUUUUGUGGUGUCUGUGAUCGGCAGUGCUCUGUAGCUAACCAGCGGUGGAUGUAGACAAAAAUCUUGGGCUUUGUGACUCGUACGGAUUGUGGAUCUUGUUGACAGAUAAUACAGAGGCUUAUCUCAAUGAAUCGGGGUUUGCAGUAACCGUCUGCCAGAAUGGGGAGACUUGGGUGGCCCCUUUCUGGCUGGUUAUCCGUCAUCAGCCAGUCCCAUCCAACCCCGAGGCUAGAACUCCUGACCUGCAGGUUAAAAGAGUUCAACGCUCUAACCACUGAACUGCAGGUCCGUUGUCCUAUCAACUGACUUUCCGCGGACUAUCUGGGUUUCCUAUCGUCCAUAGCGCGUUUCGCAUUGAUCUGACCGUGCGGCAACGGGCUUAGUAGAUUCGGUCCUAGUCCGAGUACAUGUCACACUUAAUUUGCUACCGAAACAAAAAUGUCUUGAUAGUCGAGAGCCGUCUGUGCAUUUUAGUGCGCAGGCGGUAAGCCUGUAGCGGGUAAGCGGUGAUGGUGUACGCUCAGUACGCCACAGCUUCAGGCCAUAUCCCAAAUUGUUAGAACCAGGAUGCCAUUUGGUUAGAGCACUUUAUUCUGUACAGAAUAGUGAAGGGGAGAAUCGACAACCGGACGAGGAUGCGUCCGGCGCCGCGGAGGCGGCGUCCGCGAGAGCGACGAGCCCUGCGUCGCCGCUGCAAGAGUGUCGCUGCAGAUUGUUUACUCUAUUGUUCUGGACUGUUCCCGCCUGUCUUACCAAUCAGCGAUAAGAGUUGCGUUGAUUGGCUCCGAGCCCACGUGAAGGUAUUAACAAACCUCGCAUGGUGCAGGCAGAGAAUCGACCAGGUGUGUGGCGCAGACAGUGAAUUGCAACGAGACAAAUCGAAGUCGAGCAGACGUGCGUAUCAUAGCAGGCUGUCGCUAGGACGUAGGUGCAGGCGCUAGCGAGAGGCGCGACGCAGCCAUUAUGGCUGUCCACUACAAGCCAUUGACCUCCAUUCUGGCACUUUUCCCCUCUUGUUAGGACCAACUGAUUUGGAUGCGAUUUAAUUUAGUCAGCUGAGUGCAUUCGCGCUCUUUAUUGGUCAGCUCAUAAACACUGAUCCUUCCGUUGACAGGUUCUGUGACCUGGCUGUGAAGUCCGGCAUGGACGUCUUCCGCGUCUUCGACAGUCUGAAUUACCUUCCCAACCUCUUUGUCGGCAUGGAUGCGGUCGGCAAAGCUGGUGGCGUCAUCGAGGCCUCAAUCUGCUACACCGGUGACAUCUGUGAUCCAAAACGGCCAAAAUACAACCUCAAGUACUACCUUGACCUUGUGGACCAGAUUGUAAAGGCGGGAACCCACGUUCUGGCAAUUAAAGACAUGGCCGGUACAUGCCGUAGUUUUGAAAUCUCGUUGUUUCAGUUUUUGUGCCGAUUCGUCCCCCUUAUUGUCAAGCCAACAUUCACUCACUUAUCGUCCCACUGUUCUACACAUUCCAGGCGUGAUCAAGCCGCAAGCGGCGAAACUGCUCGUCUCCGCGAUCCGCGACCGCUAUCCUGAUCUUCCCAUCCACCUGCAUUCCCAUGACACAGCCGGUGCCAGUGUGGCCAGCAUGAUCGCUGCUGCCGAGGCCGGCUGCGAUGUCGUGGACGUUGCAAUCGACUCCAUGUCCGGAAUCACCAGCCAGCCGAGCAUGGGGGCAAUCGUGGCGGCUCUCCAGAAUACGCCUCUGUACGUACCCGUCGCCACUCUGGGUCUGCCUUUUUUCACUACAGUUCAUAUAUCGGUGGAGGGCGCUGCCCAUGACAGUCCUACUUUGCACAUGCCUACUGGCAAUAGGGCGAUCGUGCGUAUAUUGGUGGACUCAUUUUUGAAUGAGUCAGAGUGUGUGAGGAGGCCGCCACCACCACCACCACCAGCAGCAGCAGCAGCAGCAUCAUCAUCAUCAUCAUCAUCAUCAUCAUCAUUGCAACCGAGACUGCAGCCUCACCAACCCACCAUGUCCAUCACGAAUCAGCCUGAUCGGUCACUUGCGAAUCCAUCGCACAGAGACUGGCAGAUCAGCGUCUGGCGCACCCAGCAUGCGCUCGUCGCUAUCGCCUCAACUGACGGCAUUGCCCACGCACACUCGGCCACCGCAUGGGCUUACUCGGUCACAUGCGCCUCCAGUAAAACCUGUGGUAAUCCAUCUCAGACUAAAACAUACCACCACCACACAUUUGCCCACACAAACACGUCCGACAUCACACACACCGCAGGCACGGGCCAGGCACUUGUCACAUACAGUGCGUGACCCAACUCAUGAAAGGUCUCGAAAUUUACGAAUGAUUGCCAAUCACUCUCAAACCGACACCAUUUCUUGAAUCCAAUGUCUAUGUUAAUUAAGUACAAGUUUGAAAGAAUCAAAUACAUAAAAGAAAUAUUAAAAGUCCUGGUGCGUUGUUUGAAAUACCCAUUUUCAGUGUUUUCACCCGAUCGUCCAUAGACAGAUUCUGAAUUACCUGUCUGUCAAAAACUUUUAAAUAAGAUUAUCCUUGAAGACAGUUACCGAAUUCGUGAGUGUUUGGGCACUUUUUUCACGAAGACGUCAGUUUAGAUCACAUGUGAGGACUCAUUAAAACAUCAAACUUCCUUUUCGAAAAAAAUGGCUGUCCACAACGAAAGUCAGCAACGAAUAUGCCUUCGAUCAAUAAGUAAACCUUUCUUAAUAAGUUACCUCCGUAAGAAGUGCUUUAAUACUGCACUUCAUUGACGGAUUUCUGCGUACUUUGCAUUUUUGCAUGGUGGGGACAAGAAAAAAUUUGACACUUUUGGCCGUUUCUUUAACGUUCCUAAACAAUACUAAUAUCUUUCAAACGUAAACGUAAGAGCAUGCCUUUUUCUAUUUAUUGCGGUCAUUUGCACUGUUUUCGCUCGCUUUAAGACUCCGUCCUUCGAUUAUGAAUGCGCGACAGAACGCCCAUAUAAAUACUGACAUGUUGCCGAAACUAUUAAUGUUUUGCUUGUUCUAUUUCUGAAUAAGGUAUGCGCAGAAACUAAACUACACGACAAGUAGUGUUUCAUAUGUUCAAAACUGGAAAUGACAAUUCGGUGGUGGUCAUUUAUGUGCUAUCACGUAAAAUUUUCCAAACAGCAAAACAAUUUAAACCCAUUUAAACGAAGGUCAUACGCAACCCUGACGUGUGGAACAUCUGGGAUUCGAUCCAGCGACCUGUUAGUUAAAAGCCCAAUGCAUCUAACCACUGAGCCACGGCUCGUUUCCCGGUCGCUUUCGAUCGGGUAUAUACACUGGUAGGAGGGGCGCUCACCGAUCGUUCUUACGGAACCCACACACUAGUAAGGACACUCAACGACCAUGUGCGUCCACUUUUACGGCCUCUUGUCCCUCGUUACCUCCCAAAACACUUUCAGUUUGUUGCAGGAGUGAGCCUAUGCUCAUCUUCUUCGCUGUGUGUGUGAGAGAAAUCGAGGCCAGGACCUCAGUCACACACCACCCCUCCUAACCUCCCCCCCCCCAUGGGCACCCCGACAGAUGGAGGGUGUGGCCUUCAAAUCAGACUCCUGUGUCUCCUCCCAGACAACUGACAGUUUGAUCAUCUGUUUGCAGAGACACUAAGAUGGACCCAGAGUCAUUGUUCGCCUAUUCAGCCUACUGGGAACAGGCACGCACGCUCUAUCGGCCCUUCGAAUGCACUGUCACCAUGAAGACAGGCAACGCCGACGUCUACAUCAACGAAAUCCCCGGAGGCCAGUACACCAACCUCCAAUUCCAGGCCUUUUCGCUUGGGCUGGCUGACCAGUUUGAGGAGGUGAAGAAGAAGUACGCAGAGGCCAACAUGCUUCUCGGUGACAUCAUCAAGGUAGGUGCAGACUGAUGCCCCUGAAGAUUUUGAUCAUCUGGAGCGCACGUGUCCCCUCUGAUCAUGAAAAAAAGACCCAAAUUCUGUCGUGGUUGGUAUGAGGGUGAUAGACAGAGACACACGCCUGUGGAAAAUCUCAACGGAGAUAAAAGUGGACGGUGGCUCACUUUUAUCGAUUCGCCGUCAGCACUAAACUAGCGAGCUAUGACCAUACUGACAGCGAGAUUUCAAACUUAAAAAGUCAAGUUGGCAAACACGUGUUUUUGUUAAUUCUUCGUCAGGCCAAUAAACUUACAUGGUGGAAUGAAAAUAUACAAAAUUAACGGUGUUUAUUAGGUGUUUCAAGGGCCAUUAAAUCAUUAACACUCAUCUUCCCCACGCCGCGCGCAUGACGAGGUCGGCGGGGUUUGGUCUUCAGAGAUAGGGGAGGGAGGUAAGAGUCUUUGAGUGAUGUUCUUCGAUUGAGUAUACGGAGUACCAAUCACUGUAAUUAGGGAUUUGAGGCGGCAUGUCGUCAUUACUUGAGGUUGGCGCUAGCCUCGGUGGAGAGAGCGCUUGUGUCAGCGUUUUCUGACAGCAUGGCACUGGAUUGGCUAGCCGUAUAGCCACUGCCUCGGCCGUUGCUAGAAUCCGUUGGCAGAGGCCUUUAGAGAAGCUCGUUGGUGUCUGGUAGACAAUCUGAACUGCCUCCUCGGCACUGACUCGGUGAUUCUCGUCCAGGUUUUCUUUCGGAACACCCUGCACUGGGUAGACCCAUCCUCCUACCUGUGCAAAAGGACAUCGAGAAACGCAAUUUCAUUAUCUGCCUAGGACUCUAAAGUGAAAUUUAGCGAGGGGUGCGCACUGCUGAACUUUUGCACAAGGUCCUCGGUAUCGGUGGUACCAUCCGCCAGGCAGAAGGUAUCGUACACGUACCGACCGUAGAAGACGAGGCCAUUAAUGGUCUCUUGCAAGCUUGUUUUCUCGACUUUGCCCAUAAAAAAACAUUUGCAAGGAACGGUCCAAGCGGUGAUCCAAUUUCCGCACCAUCUACCUGCCUGUAUAGUUGACCAUUGUACAGACAAUGAACAUUUUGUGUGCAAAGCGUCAGUAGUUCUUUUAGCGUUUUCACAGGCAUGUCUAUGGGGUAGUUCGUAUCACGAAUAACAUCACAAAGAUAGUUUAUUGUUUCUGCCACGGGUACGUUGGUUAACAGCGAUGAUACAUCCAGUGAUAACAUCCUCCGUCCGCCAACGUUAAUAUUUUUUGAUAGCUUCGACGAACUCAAAGGAGUCUUUCAAACUUCGAGGAUACAUAUGGCCUUGCAGUGGCUUCAGUCUAUCCACUAACCAUUUUGCAACAGUGUGAUAGGGCGAAUUCCUUAUAUCCAAGAUUGGACGUAGAGGCAGCCCUUGUUUGUGGAUUUUAGGAAGGCCGUACAUUCUUGGUAUUGUCGUACCCACCGACCUCAGUCGUUCAUACUCGUUAAUAGACAAAUGGCCUUCUUUGCAGAGAUCUUUGAGAAUAGUCGUCAACAGACCCUCGACAGCCUGUGUUAUCCUCAUCUUUCUCGGAUUUUGAAAACGCGGAAAGAUUAGAUAGUAUUCCCUCUAGUUUCGCCACAUAAUCCAUGCUAUCCAUCAGUACUACUCCUGAACCUUUAUCCGGUCUGGCAAGCACAAUGUCUUUGUCUUUUGUUUUUGCGAAGUUUCCCAAGGCUAUCGGAGAUGCUGAAUAGGAUGUCGGUUUUCAAGAAACCAUGGAUGAACAGUGCUGUAGUGUUGUUUGUCUGUGGGUCGCUAACCCCCUAUUUUGUGCACAUCUUUGGAAAAGAAGUCCUCUUUGGUGACUUAAAUAGUCGCCUUUGCCUUUUUCCUUACAAGGUAACACCGUCCUCGAAGAUCGUUGGUGACUUGGCUCAGUUCAUGGUCCAGAACAAGCUAAGCGCCCAGGACGUUUUGGAUCGCGCGGAAAACCUAUCCUUCCCGCAAUCGGUUGUAGAAUUCUUCGAAGGCGUUGUCGGCUUCCCUCAUGGAGGCUUCCCAGAGCCCCUUUCUACCAAGGUCUGUUUGUCAUUCAGGAACGGUUAAUGCAUGCAUAUGCUAGAGUGCCUAGUGGACUCCUUUCGUUCCAUUUGUAAAAUACUACUCACUAACACGAAGUAGCUUGAAUUUUUGCACUUAUUCACUAAAGGUCCUCAAGGGCAAAAAGCGCCUCACGGACCGAGCUGGCGUCUCCAUGAAACCGCUGGAUCUGAACAAAGUAAAACAAAAUCUCGAGGAGAAAUUCUCGCGCGACUUUGAUGACAAGGAGGUUAUCUCGGCAGCUCUCUAUCCCAAGGUUAGUUUGCAGCAACUGGUUGAUGUUUACUAUCCCAAAUAGUCACGUAGCAGUGAGUCAGAAAGACGUGCGUGUCGCGGGCGCCGCCGAGCCUGCCGCACAGAGUCAGGCCUGAUUAAUGCGUGCACUGUUGCAGACGCCAGGCCCAGUCGUACCCUCCAGGAGGCGCGUUCGCUUGGCGGCGGGGCGACAUUGCAGGCGCAGCCAGCGUGCCGCAGUAAAAAAUAACCUCCUUCUGAUCAGUGUGCCGUGAUCUACGGGACAUUGCGAGCACUGUCACCUGCUGGCACCUCGCGAGGAACACAACAGUUUCGCCAUAUCAGUAGUUAUUUAAAGACAAUUACUACUCACAAUAAAUCUACGUCCGUAUUGUAAGUGGAGAUGCAGCCCCUCCCCCCAUCCCCCUAUGCGCUUUCGGGCCAUAUUCUGUCAUUAGUUGACCGCCUCCCCCCGCUUUUUUCGCCUCUAGGUGUUUAAUGACUUCACCGCUUUCCGAGAGCAGUAUGGCCCCGUGGACAAACUCGACACGCGAGCAUUCUUCAUUGGGCCCGACAUCGGGAAGGAAUUUGACGUAAGUUAACCAGCCACCAACAAAGACUCUGCUAGAUGGAGACCGGGAAAGAUUACUCGCAUUCCCAUCUAUCCACUUUUAAAAUAUUUAACAGGUUGAAUUGGAAGACGGAAAGUGCCUCACCAUCAAGGUGCUUGCCGUUGGAGAGAUCGGGCCGGAUGGAAAGCGACAGGUCUUCUUCGAGUUGAAUGGUCAGCCGCGCACCAUCGAAAUCCAAGACAGGAAGGCUGUUAAGGUACUGUCACUGACUUUCAACCCCCCCGCACUCUGUGCCUUCGUGAUGGGCUAGAUGGAGGGGCUCGGUGGAAAGAUUCAAGACUCAAUGCGUGAAUUUUCUUUUUUUUCUAGGAAGAGGGAAUCCACCCGAAGGCGGAUAAAGAUAAUAUCGGUUCUGUGGGCGCCCCGAUGACCGGUGAGAUCAUUAACAUUCGCGUCGAAGUGGGGCAGACGGUUGAAAAGAAUCAACCCCUGGCCACCAUCUCUGCCAUGAAGAUGGAGACGGUCGUUGCUGCACCGAAAGCCGGCAAGGUCACCAAAAUCCUCGCGAAGAAGGGCAUGAAAAUGCAGGGCGGAGACCUCCUAGUUGUCAUCGAGUAG